GCUUAGUUCGAUUCAGGCAAUCGAGGUGAUCACAAGUGUAGCGGAUAGAACGAGAAUGAAAUACGCCUAUCUUCUGGCGAUCUGUGCCAGUUUGCUGCUCCGUAAACUGGAGACAGCAGCUACGGCAGCCAGUGUCGGUGAACCCAGUCAGGAGCUCAAAUAUGCGGCCCAGACUAUUGGAUUGGAUGAAGUUGGCUUGCGCGAACUGUGGCGCACCAGGCAGCCGCUGGUUAUCAGACGGCAAAGUGGAGACGGUCUUCUGACCUCGGAGACCUUUGAACUGAGUCCGGAUGGCAGAUCGCUUUCAAGAAAAAGGGUUAUAGAGGGAUCAUCGCCCGCCAGGCUGACGGAUAACUCCCUCUCCAAGCCCCAAGAGGACUGGGAGUAUGUGCCGAAUACAGUUCGUCAGCGCCCUUCGUUUGGGGAAUCUCAUUUCGGAACAGGUAACUUCGAUACGAAUAUUUUUGGCACGGGUUUUCCCAGGGCUCCGCUGUUCCCCAACUGGGAGGUGCCAGCCGGAGUGACGCCCCAAGUCACAACCAAGACGGAAGUGGAUAACUUGGGCCGGAAGGUGACGACCACGACAAGAUCUUAUAGCGGCAGAGUGGUGCCGGGAAGUAAUGUGUUCGAGCAGCUAUUUCCCGACAUAUCGAGGGAACCGGUCCCCAUAAGCCCCGACCUAACCCAGAAUCCACCCAUCGGAGCUUUUGGUUCGAACUCUGGAUCAGCCCCCAGCCCAACUCCAAGAGGACCCUACUAUGUUCCCGUGAUAGACCCACCCACCACAAAGCGAACUCCAGUGCCCCUGCCCACCCUGACCCCUCCAGAGGAUGACGGAACGGACAGAGUCAUCGAUAACUUCUUGGAAAAGCUGAACCUAAGAACCUCGGACAUUGAAAAUGCAAAUGGAGAGUUGGUGAAGACGAUCGUGGAUAAGAAUGGACGAGUGCUGACUGCCAGAUUUGUCCUUAGCACCGUCAAAAAUCCACAGGAAGAGCCCAAGCCGCAGCCCACCAAGUAAAUCGAGCCUUUAAGAGCUCAUUUUAAAUGGCAUAAGUAAAAAUUUAAAUAUUUUGUAAACAAUGUUUGAAAAAAUAGCUCGAUUCAAUAAAUAAGCUUAUCAGCUGGGGCUAAACCCAGGCAGUAGAA